AUGGCAUCUCUUUCGUCUGAUGAUAAUCUUGAUCAAGAGGCCAUCGCUCGACUUCAGCGAGACUUCCUUUCUGCAAUUACAUCUGUGGUCAGGAAGCCCAGAAUACUAAAGAAAAACAUCAGAAGGCUUGAAACAUACCUGAGCAAUCCAUUUCUCGAUAUCAACUUCCAAGUAGACGGCAUCUCGCCUUUAGCAAUGGCCACAUCGGAAUGGCGGGUGCUUGAAAGGCUCUUGCAACCUGAGAAAGUUGACCUGAAUUUUCGUAUCUGCGACGGGCGGACGAGUAUUUUCUUCGCAAUUAAGACACCCCGAACUGAUUCUCUUAAACUUCUCCUUAACAAAGGAGUCGCCAUUGACCUGAGGGAUAAUCGAGGUCGCACCCCAUUAUCCGUGGCUGCAGAGCUUGGACGACUCGAGCAUGUGAAACUUCUCAUUCAAUCCAAUGCAAACAUAAAUCUAGCAGACGGAAAUGCGUGGGCACCAAUUGCAUGGGCAAUUUCAACACAGCAUAAUGAGGUGGUGAGUUAUUUGUUGUCACAAAGUGACAUCGAUCUCCGCACUCAAGAUGUCGAUGGUCGAACGCUACUAGCGAUCGCUGCGCAGACCGAAAAUAUCGAAAGUCUAAGACUUCUAAUUCGUGUCAACAUCGCUGCCAGCCCAACGGACAGGAUUGAAUGCAACCCUUUGAUAUGGGCUAUCCUUCAAACAGAUAUCAUCACUAUCUGUCUAUUACUUAGAGCUGAUUGGAGCCUUGUUCAUCGCAAAGUGAAAGGGAGAACUCCACUGUCGAUAGCAACAGAAAUUGGGAAUGCUGAGAUGACAAGAGUUCUCAUUGAAUCAGGAUCCAAUGUAAAUGCAGUAGAUGAGUCUGCAUGGCCUUGUCUAAGAGAAUAUUCAUUCGACAGCUAUAUGCCUCCCAAUAACUUCCUCCAAGAGGUUGAUUGCUUCGUUAUCGGUGCCAAAUCGAGCGCAAGAGCUCGACAGCCCCUAUUGCUGGCUAUUGAAUUUAAACGUUGGGAAGUAUUGGAAAUACUUCUUGAGGCAAAGGCAGACAUCAAUUCAAGAGAUGCGAGAGGGUGGACAGCACUUACCUGGGCAGUUGAUCUAAAACGGCAAAAGGCAGUCGAGCUCAUAGUCUCAAAUCCCGGGCUUGACUUGAACUGCCGUGAUAUAAACGGCCAAACACCGUUUGCACUUGCCGCUCGUGGGGGCACUGUACGCAUCUUGGAAGAUAUCGUCAAAUUGAAUCCCGACGUGAACUCAGAAGAUGCGAAACAACAGACGCCGCUAGCAUUGGCUGUCGCAGAUAAUCGGGAAUUAACCGUCAAUUUUAUGCUCACCAUACCAGAGAUUUGUGUUGAUCAUCAGGACACACAAGGUCGAACGCCUUUCUCUUUGGCGGCAGAAUUGGAGUUGUUACCAAUAAUGCAGGCGCUCCUCUGGAAGAAAGCAGAUCCGCACAAACUUGACAGCCAAGGCCAUACAAGCUUUUGGUGGUUUCUCAAAGCAAGGAGUGAGAGACUUAGCUCACCACGGUCGUCAGAUCUUGAAGAUUGGGAUUCUCAGAGUCUUCAAGCUCUAGUCUGUGCCCUGCCCAUGCCCAACAAGCCAGACCCCUCAGGUCGUAAUUGGCUGUCUUGGGCCGCUUCGUACGGCGAUGAAGAGAUUGUGAGAUCAUUCUUGCUGUGUACCGAAAAAGUGAACAUCAAUAUUCGAGACGACACCCAGGAGACCUUUUCCAAGACUCCGUUGAUAUGGGCAUUGGAAGGGGAACACAGCGCUGUGAUAAAGCUGCUUCUAGACAGCGACGAUCUUUCAUUACAUUUAUUGGUUGAAGGGCUGAAGUAUUUCAAGAAGGAAGACCCCUUAAGGCCAAUAAGAAUACUCUUGCAAGCAGGCUACAAUCUCAACCAGACGGACUCUAACGGAAGGACUCCUCUGCAUAUUGCCUGUCGCAUGGGUGACGAAGAAAUGGUUUCCACUCUUAUCAAUGCCAACGCAAAUCUCAGCUGCAAAGAUCACACUGGAAAUAUCCCUUUACAAUACGCGUUGAAAGCGAAAAGCAAAAACGUCGUGAAUCUUCUUCUAAGUGCUUCAUUGGCGGACCUCAAACCUGUCAGCUCCGAAGAGUGGUUCAGCCUUGGACAGAAACGGCCUACUUGGAUUCAGAUUACCAAGAAGAUACAAAAUGAGGGGUUUGGCCUGGAAUUGGUUAAUGAUGUUGAAUGUGUCUGGCUACCCUGUGCAAGAGAGUCUAGACUUUGUCUUUGUGGAAAAGAAUCAGUUUGGCCACAGUUGCCUAGACUUUUUGGAAUCCAUGAUCUCAUAAUGCAACAAGACGGAUAUUUUAAACAUGCUCACAUGGAACUUGGUCAUCGACUUGUUACAUACAUAUCGAUAGAGUUCCCGGAAGAGCAAGAGAAAGGGUACCAAUAUCCGUGGGGCGUUGCUUGGGCCAGCCGUCACACAACGGAGGGUCUUGCUCAUGCGUUCAUCAGCACGCUUCCAAACGGUUGGAUGCCAGAGGACCCUGCUGAUUUUGUCAGACAGUUCCUCGUAACUGUACAACAGAAAUGGAAAAGUGUAUGCUUUGAUGCGAGCCAAAAAGUUGAGGAAUUGCGAGGCGAACAGGUUAAGAAGAAAGGACGAAGCCUUGACCUUAUCGAUCAGCUUGCCAAAAAUUCUCAAUCACGCGCAGGCCUUCAGAAAUACUUGCAGUCACAUCUUGAACGGGUUAGAGAAAUGCUUAUGCUCAACACUUCACUUGAUUUGAACCAGAAAUCACAGAUCAGAGCAGAUAUAGACUCAAUCGAAAAGGACCUGACCGCGAGACUUAACCAUUUGGAGCAGGCUGUACGCGAACUGUUACAGAUUGAACUUGCUUGGGUUUCCACGAAUGAGUCUGCGAGUUUCAAGCGCCUCAGUUGGAUCACUUCGCUUCUCUAG